CCAACUGCUUCUCCUGCACAAUACCAAACGAAGACCAUUCAGAACUGCAAAGACCCUGUCUGGAAUGAAACCUUUCGCUUCAUGGUGCAGUCGAAAGCAAAGAAUGUGUUGGAGCUGAGUGUUCAUGAUGAUGAUGUCUUUCAAGAUGACCAUCUUUUCACUGUACACUUUGAUAUAGCAAAACUCCCACUGAAUGAAAAAGUGCUCAUGAAUUUUAACUGCAACCAAAAGGAAAAUGAGGAGCUGGAAUUAGAAUUUGAGUUGCUGCACAGAUCAAGAUUUUCUGAAAUAAUCAUUACAAAUGGAGUUCUUCUG